AAUAAUAUUCCUCUCCUUAACGCAAUAAGCGCAUCUGUCUGGCUGCCCAGUAUUGGAAACCCAUUCAUCUUUCCUUUCUUCCUCCUCUCUCUCUCUCUCUCUCUCACCCAAUUUCACAACAUUCUCAACUUUCACCUCCGCAAUUAUUAUAACUGCGAUAACACAGAGAGGCUCACAACCACAUAUUCGCCCCCUUUUCGCUUACCUGUGUGCCUGCCUCCACGUCUUCUCGUUCUCGUCGUGAAAUACAUUUUCAUUCUAUUUUUUCAUUUUUCUUUAAAUUGGGUAUACAAUCUGAACCAUGAACAGUUUGAGCCAACUUUCACCACCACGACCACCACCACAUUUCUCCCUGGAUGGAAUCACCCUCCUCCAACAAUUGGGACUGCGGCUCCUUAGUUAGCACGACAUAUAAAAUAAGAACGGCACCUGUCUCAUUAAAAUGUGAACCGGUUUCAAACACUUGUUAAAAAAAUGCAGCUUCUUGGGAACUAAACAUACAGCAACGACAACAUAUCACGAUGCGCACUUAUCUCACUGACUUAUUACACACACGCCCACUCACUGACCACUAUGCUUGCUAAAAUUUAAACUACAAUUCACUCUUGAACUCGCCACUAUUGCCACCAUGUUUUUAACACCGACAAAUCCCAUUACUCACCCAAACCUGUGAACACAAGUGCACCUUAAGGGGGAUUUGUACUCUUGGUAAUCGGUGCUCCCUCUUCGCCUCGCCUCCCCACACACGCUAUUCAUAUAAACCCAUCUUCAAAACAUGGACCACUUUCGCUUCAGAGGAGCUGUCAAGAUCAUCUCGUACAUUGACAUGACAUUUUCGCUGGUCAUCAUCGUCCUCACUGUUCUGGCGACCAUUGGCGUCUUCCUCGCCACCGUGGUGACUGAACACCACGAGCUGCGGCUUUUCUUCCUUCAAGGCAACACGAAACGACUCCAAGACGGUAGAAAAGCAAUUAUAGACUUGGGUCGCACUUUCACCACAAUUUGGAUUCUUAGCUUCACAUUCAACAUUCUCCAGUUCUUUGCAGGAUGUGCCUUGCUCAGUGGAACAGACUUGGUGGAGGACGAGGAGGAAGAAGACAACAAGUCGAUUCAAAAAUGUCGUCUGUGGCAAUGCACGUCCAUCUUCCUGUUCGCCUUUAUCGCCCUUUUGGUCUGGUUCCACCCGACGCCUUACCUCCUCGGUUUCGGGCUCGGCGAACUCAUAUUUCGCGUCGUGGGGAUUUACUUUGUGGGACGUUAUGUCAGCGAACUUGAGGAAGAAAAUAACAUCAACUCGUCAUCCUCACAACUUUACUACUUUGAUGACAUCGAUGACAACUUUCCUCCCCGCUAACACUGAGAGAAAUUAUCUUGGAUUUUAAUUAGCAGAGAAUAUGACUUCCAAAUUUUUCGAAGACGGAAGAAAUUUCUAGGAAAUAUUAAGUCAACAUUGACACAAAGUAAAUUGCAAUAUCAGGAGAAGGAAAUUUUAACAGAAAUUAGUGAAAACUAUACUUAGCUCCGGGUGAUGAACAUUACUUGUUCAGGACGCAUUCGCCUGGCGAAUUACCUUAUACCUCAGAAAGACAUACUAUUACGAUUAUUAGAGAUAUUUACUGGGAAGGAAAGUUAAAAGAUUAUUUUCAAAGUCUCAAAUUUUCACGAUUAUUCAAACUACAUAAAUAGUUAGGACGACUUACAUAUUUAGUAGCAGAAACAGGGUCUCAAACUAUUUACAUCGCAUCUCUUUCAUCAACUUGUUGAAUAGAAUAGGUCGCAAAUGAAUCAUUCAGCGUAACCGAGAAAUAAAUGUGGUACGGGCGUGAAAUGCAGUGCGUGAAAGUUGUACCAAUGUGUAUUAAAUCAGAACAGUAAUAACUAAAUUUUACUCAAGUAGCGUAGGAAAACCAAUACGUAAGCAGACAGUGCUUACUAAAAGCAUGGUUCAUUUCCAUCGAAAAUUAGUGCACAAAGUAGAAAGGACAUUUUGUUUGUGUAAUCGAUACAUGUACACCAGUAUUUUUCAUGGUCAGUACUAAGGAUAAGUUAUGAUAGGAUUAUCAUCAUAACACAAAUAGCGCACACGUUGCCUCGUCGGGAGAAAGAAGUCAGGAGUCAACCCAUAAAUAACUAUUCGUAUGUAUUUUAGCCGUCACUCGAUUGUCUUAAGUAGAACCACCAUUCUAAAUAUUUGUGAUCUUGUAUUUAGCAAGUCGUGCACAUGUAUUUAUCUCAUCUAUCAUGACUAGCAUAGCAUUAUCAGUGAAUUAGUGAAUACCGUAUAAUUUUAUAUUUAAAACUGUCGAUACAAUUGUUGACGUAAAAAAAUAAAAGAUGAAUAACAAUUGCAAGUCAA